UGUUAUGUGAUCAUCAUGUGUGCUGUUGUGUUCACGCCAGACAAAAUGGCGAUGGUGGCGGCUGCAGUGGCCGGGCUGGUAGCAGACGCAGUCCUCUAUGCACUCUGUCGGUUCCACGUGCUACCAGAGGCCAUGAUGCACCUCGCUGUGCCGUACUCGCUCUGGUUGCUAAUCACGCUUCACAUUCUUCUUUAUGUGGGAUUUAACUUUGCUGGGUUUAAUGAAGCAAAUGAUGCGGUCGGAUGGCAGACCUUCUUCACAUUCUCAUUUUUUCUGACCAUGCCACUGCCGCUCGCACACAUUCUGGUGCUAGUGGUGAUAGCGUGUGGUGCUCACACGACCAUGCUGGCGGUUCUUGUGCCACUGAGAAUGCUUGGGGACCUCCAGAGCUCUGUUUUGGUCCGACAGCUGUUUGCUAAUGUGAUGUUGUACCUGGGUUCUGUGGUCGUGGGCGUGAUGUCAUACUUCAUGUCUGAUCGGAAAUAUCGAACUGCGUUUCUGGAGGCCAAACAGUCGCUGGAGGUCAGUCUCACCCUGAAGGAGCAGAGCCAACAACAGGAGGAGUUGUUGUUAUCUAUUUUACCAAAACACAUUGCUGAUGAGAUGCUGCAAGGAAUGAAGAAUGAAGCCAAUCAGAAAUCGGAAGCUCAACAGUUCAACACGAUGUACAUGUACCGACACGAGAACGUCAGUAUUCUGUUUGCUGAUAUUGUCGGGUUUACUCAGCUCUCAUCGGCCUGUAGCGCUCAGGAACUCGUCAAACUGCUCAACGAACUUUUUGCCCGAUUUGACAAACUAGCUGCUGAACACCAUCAGCUGCGCAUUAAGAUUUUGGGUGAUUGUUAUUACUGUAUUUGUGGAUUGCCAGAUUAUCGUGAAGAUCACGCUGCCUGUUCCAUCAUGAUGGGUCUCGCUAUGGUCAAAGCUAUCUCGUACGUACGUGAGAAGACUCAGACAGAAGUGGACAUGAGGGUGGGGGUGCACACAGGUACAGUCCUGGGUGGAGUUUUGGGACAAAAGCGUUGGCAGUUUGAUGUCUGGUCCACUGAUGUUACAGUCGCCAACAAGAUGGAGUCCGGAGGAAUCCCAGGGCGUGUACAUAUCUCCCAGUCAACGAUGGAUUGUCUGCAUGGUGAGUUUGAGUUGGAGCCAGGUAAUGGAGGAGACCGUUGUGACUACCUGAUGGAGAAAGGUAUUGACACCUACCUGGUACUCGUUCCCAAGGAAAAGGCCACAGAGGGCGUAGUCAGCAACGGAUGGAUGGCUGAACCCAUGACCAAUGGGAGUGCUGCUCCACUCAUUGCUACGAUGGAGACCAAGGGCAGUGUGAGUUCGGUCCGAGCCAUCACAAAUGAUAUGGACGGAGACGAUUCAAAGAAGCUGCAGCUGGGCAGCAAGGACGAUGGAGGGAUGGAGAACGAACAGGAGCGGAACAGACUAUUAACCAAAGCACUGCUCGAAAGAGAGUCUGAAGAAACGAUGAAGGAGAGGAGCACCGCCGCACUCUCUCUGCGCUUCAUAGAUUCGGAACACGAGUCUCUAUUUUUAUCUGAAAAAGAACGGCAGACGGGUGUGGCGCUCAGCUGCAGCUGUGUGGUUCUGUUCUUCACCUCGGCUAUGGAAGUUCUCAUCGACCCACAGCUGACGGUGAACUAUGUAACGCUGGCAGUGGCUGAAGUUCUGCUCAUCAUCCUGACCAUCUGCUCCCUGGCAGCCAUUUUUCCACGACUAUUCCCAGAGAGACUCGUGUCAUUUUCAUUGUGGAUCGAUCACACACGAUGGGCUCGGAACACCUGGGCGAUGGCGGCCAUUUUUGUUCUAGCGAUGGCAGAGGUGGCCGACAUGCUUAGUUGUGUUGAACCCCCCAUCCAGUUGCUGAACAUCAGCUCCAGUUUACCAUUUAAGGGUGUUGGUGGCUGUGCCGAUAACCCCAAACACUACAGCUUCAUAGCCGUGCUCUCGCUUGUGGCAACCACAAUGCUCGUCCAGGUCAGCCAUCUCGUAAAGUUGGCUCUAAUGAUGCUGAUCACUGUGGCAACAACCGCCGUUGACAUCUACAGCUGGAGAAACAUCUAUGAAAUUUACGACUUCUUCCGCUUUCAGAACUACAGGUAUUUCUUGGUUCCUUCCAAAUAUCUGAUGACAGUGAUGAUAGUCAUCAUGAUGAUUAGCUUCUACUACUUUGCUCGGCAUGUGGAACGUCAGUCACGUAAGUUGUUUCUCUGGAAGAUUGAGGUUCAUGAUCAAAAAGAACGCGUGUAUGAGAUGAGGACAUAUAACGAGGCUCUGGUCACCAACAUGCUGCCUGAACACGUCGCCAGACACUUUCUAGGCUCCAAAAAACGAGACGAGGAGUUGUACAGCCAGUCGUAUGAUGAGAUCGGAGUGAUGUUUGCAUCAAUCCCGAACUUCUCGGACUUCUACACGGAGGAGAGCAUCAACAAUGGCGGCAUUGAGUGCCUGAGGAUCCUCAACGAGAUCAUCUCAGACUUUGACUCGCUGCUGGACCGGCAGGAAUUUCUCUGUAUCACCAAAAUAAAGACGAUUGGCAGCACGUACAUGGCUGCUUCGGGUGUGACACCAGAGAGUAACACUAAUGGAUACAGCAACCGCAAGGAGGAGGAUCAGUGUAUUUUGGAGAGAUGGCAGCACUUAGCAGAUCUGGCUGAUUUCGCUUUAGCGAUGAAGGUCACACUGAAUAACCUAAACAAACAGAGCUUCAACAGCUUCAUGCUGCGUAUCGGUUUGAAUAUGGGGGGUGUGUUGGCAGGUGUGAUCGGAGCUCGGAAGCCUCACUAUGAUAUUUGGGGAAACACUGUAAAUGUGGCUAGCCGUAUGGAGUCCACUGGAGUUAUGGGUAAUAUCCAGGUGGUGGAGGACUGCUAUAAGAUUCUGAGAGAGUAUGGAUUCCGAUUUGUACGCAGGGGCCCCAUCUACGUAAAGGGUAAAGGAGAACUGCUCACCUUCUUCAUGAAGGGGAAAGAUAAACCACCUGGUAAUAACGGCACUACUGUUUUACCCACACUGCCUCAUCAGAUACCCGCCUGGACCUGAGGACAAGUACACAAGCAGCUUAGGAAAUCCCCUGAUAUGAAAUAUGGUGAAUUCAACCACAGUCAAAAGGCCUAUAACUAACCAGCUGUAGAAAUGUAGCACUACCAUCUUUAAUAAACCAUUAACUGCUUGUAAUGUGAUACAGUGUCCUGCAUGAUAUCUUAAUAAGGGCCUGACUGGAUACAUCUGGAUACUAGUAUACACUGCAAUCAAAGCUCUGACAUUACACACUGUAAAUAAAAAUAGACUAAACUCA